AUGAACAGAGACAUCUCCAAGGACACCAUCGUAAAGGCCGUAUACGCCUUUCCAGCCGGGAUGAUACCGCCGGUCAACUGGCCCUGCAAAAAUAAUCUGAUUUUGCAGGCUCAAAAAGUUCACAGGUUCGUGACACCGUUGCAUCGAGGCUCACAACGUUCAAUCCAAGAGCCAGUUGUGAUAUUGGAGACAUUUCGAAAACCGUAUCAGAAAUACAAAUGGAUAUUUUUUCCAUUCGAUGAGGCCACCAUGGACCCAAUCCUUGAAGGCAUUCCUUCUUCGCAGUUGGCAUCCGACGCCAUCCAGGCAGACACCAAGGAUGAUGCAUCAUCCGUUUCGAGCAGUAGCCUAUCUUCAACAGCUUCCAGCUCAGUUGCAGAAGAGCUAGACUUUGGGGCUACGGAAGAGUUGAUCGUAGCAAGGAUCACCAAGAUUCGACACAUGAUGCUUGCCACGACCAACUGCCACCAACCACGGUGGAAUGAUCAACACUUCCAAGCUGCUUGUGGAGCCAGAAAAAUGGCUCUGCCAGAUCUCGAAGAUCACUUGGCCUCACAUGGUGUGGACCCAGCCUUAUCAUCACACCUGGUAUCAAAUGGUUGGACACCCCAGAAUUUUGCAAUGAUCGUAGAAUCCAAAGCAGCUUUCACUGACGAAAUAUGGUCAGAACUUUCAGAUGCCCCAAUUCCUUUGGUGCAGCGUGCCAAUCUGAAAGUAGCGUGGCAGCUUUUACAAUCGGAGGCUGUGCCUUCGUUGCGUGAUUCUCCAAGGAGUGCGGCUGCACCUCCAACAGGCAUCCAGCCUGACGGAUCAUGGGCAGAAUCUUUUGCCCCGAAGAUCCAACCCAGUACAGUUGCAAAACUUAAGAAGCAAUUUCUGGAGGACUACCCCAGUGAAGUUCUGACAAUGGAAACGAUGCCAUCUACGAGAUUACUGUCAUUAGCACACCAUCAACACUCCAAGCAGGAAUAUCGAUGGAUUCCCUGGAAGUUUCGGAUGACUCAGUCCCGCAUGGAAGACAUGGUCAUCUAUCAGCGCCCAAAGAUACCUAAAGUUGAAGGCCUUCAAUUGCACCAGCUUCUUUGGGACGAGCCUCCUUCAUUGGAAGUUAACAAUCAAGGGAUGGGCGUCAACGCCAUUAGGAAUAUGCUGGAGGUCCACAACACAGCGAUGUCAUUGGUGGGCGCUUGUCAUUUGCAGCGCCUUCGCUCCCACACCUUGAAAUUUAUGGGAUUCCUAACCCAGAGGUUAGAUGCUGACUCUGGACUCAGACCACCCAACGUGUUGGAAGCGCAAGCAGCUGAUAAGGCUUGUGGCAGAUGA